AUGGAUGUCUUAUCAAAUCUGAUGGGUUCUAGAGCAUGGGGCUGUCUGUACAGACGAGGUACACCAACGAUCAGUGUUGGGAGCAUUACUAUUCCCUGUCAGAGUGUGGGUACCCCAAGGAUCAGUGUUGGGAGCAUUACCAUUCCCAGUCAGAGCGGGUAGGCGAGGGGUUUACACAGUGCCACAGAAGGUAAAGGUUGGGUAGUUAGGGGGAUUGGGAUGUUGUUUUUAAUGCUUGCCAACAUUCCUUGCCUUUAGAUAACAAAAAGCUAUAUUAAAAUAUUUUUGACAAAUGUUUGAAUAUGUGAAAUAAUCUCCAUGUUUGACACAGGCUGUGAUAAAUUAGUGUUAAUGUUAUCUUUAUGAUUGACUAACUUUCUCUCCUCCUGUCUCCUCUGAAGACCCCAUGCACGGCCCCCGAAGACUGGAGGUGGUGGACAUCAAGUCCAAGCAGAUCACAGUGCGCUGGGAGCCCUUCGGCUACAACGUGACUCGCUGCCACAGCUACAACCUGACUGUCCAGUACCGCUACCGGUCUGGCGGCAAGGAGGAGACCCGGGAGGAGGUGUGCUACGACACCCUGAGUGUGGCUCCGCAGCACACCAUCCGGAACCUGUCGCCCUACACCAACGUCAGCGUCAAGCUGGUGCUGAGGAACCCAGAGGGCAUCAAGCAGAGCACGGACGUGGACGUGCUGACUGACGAGGAUGGUGGGUGUACCGAGAGAGGGAGACCUGGUGGGGGGGGGGAAGAGCGAGGGGGGGGGGGGAGAGCGAGAGGGGUGGGGAGAGUGAGAGAGUGGGAGGGAGAGAGCUAGAGGAGAGGGAGGGAGAGAGCUAGAGGGGAGGGGGAGGGAGAGGGUGGGGGAGAGAGCGAGAGGCUAGGUGGAGAGAGCUAGAGAGGGGGGGAGGGAGAUGCUGGGGGGAGAGAGCGAGAUGCUGGGGGGGGGAGAGAGCGAGAGGCUGGGGGGGGAGAGAGCGAGAGGGUGUGGGGGAGAGAGCGAGAGGGUGGGGGGGGGAGAGAGAAUGGGAAGAAGAGAGAGGGAAGGAAGGAGAUAGUGAAAGAAAUUGAAAUAUAAUUGAUUCCAACUCUGCCCUGCCAACACUUCCAACAUUCAUCUUUUCAAGGUCAUCAUUGGGGCCUAAGAGCGCACAAAAGCAUGAGGGCUUGUGUUUCAAUAAGGGAAAGAUAGUUAUUUGAAAGCACUUACAUUACCUCCUUUUGAUACGUACACCUACAUCUACUUCUGUGAUGCUUCCUUUGUUUGUUUCCUCCUUGUAGUUUGAAGAAAUAAAGAGUCAAGGCCAUUUGAAAAUUACAAUCUCACUCUGCUCCUCAAUAGCCCUUUGGAGGUUAUUCAAAUUGAUAUCAAAUGUUCAAAGGACCUCUAAUGGAAUUAUCUGUGUGAUAACAAAUUUAACUUUUCCACGAGUAUAGGAGGUGCAUUUAAGUUGCACCUCUUUUCAAAAAGAAAUGUAGAAACUAGAAACCUUUGACCCUGUUAUGAGUAAGGAAAUGGAAUGGUUUGCUUUCCUUUCAUUUAACUUUUUUGCCAGUGAGUCCAUACAUUCUCUAGCUGUCCUUCACCCUAAUGCUAAUUUGUUAUGCUUCUGAUUCAAUAUACAACAGAGCGCUGCAUCAGUUUACUGUAGUGUACCUACAGCCACGCUGUAAAGCCCCUGUAUCAGUUUACUGUAGUGUACCUACAGCCACGCUGUAAAGCCUCUGUAUCAGUUUACUGUAGUGUACCUACAGCCACGCUGUAAAGCCUCUGUAUCAGUUUACUGUAGUGUACCUACAGCCACGCUGUAAAGCCUCUGUAUCAGUUUACUGUAGGUUACCUACAGCCACGCUGAAAAGCCUCUGUAUCAGUUUACUGUAGUGUACCUACAGCCACGCUGUAAAGCCUCUGUAUCAGUUUACUGUAGUGUACCUACAGCCACGCUGUAAAGCCUCUGUAUCAGUUUACUGUAGUGUACCUACAGCCACGCUGUAAAGCCUCUGUAUCAGUUUACUGUAGUGUACCUACAGCCACGCUGUAAAGCCUCUGUAUCAGUUUACUGUAGUGUACCUACAGCCACGCUGUAAAGCCUCUGUAUCAGUUUACUGUAGUGUACCUACAGCCACGCUGUAAAGCCUCUGUAUCAGUUUACUGUAGUGUACCUACAGCCACGCUGUAAAGCCCCUGUAUCAGUUUACUGUAGUGUAUCUACAGCCACGCUGUAAAGCCUCUGUAUCAGUUUACUGUAGUGUAUCUACAGCAAUGCUGUCAAGUCAAUAAAGGAAAACAAACCAUGCUGUGCUCUCACAGCUUUUAGGAGGUUCCAUCAAAUGUGUCUUAUUGAAGUAGUUGAAAGAGACAAUAUCAGAACAUCCAGCUUGACUAAAUGUACUGUACAGACGUUUCAGGACCUCACUGGGGUCAGGGAGAAUGAAUAGACCGACAGCUGCACAACCAUGACCGCCCUGCUCCCCCAUGAGACCUCAGGUGAUCCUUUUCACCAAACCGUUCAAGUGCGGUCUGGAGCAAGUUCGCCGCCAACCAACCACCCAAUCUAUGGGAAUCACGAUGUCGAUUUAUGAUAGUAAUAGGAUGUUGAAGUGGCUCAAUAUCGAAAAUGGUCGAUAUUUAAUUUGCUCUGAAUUUAUUUCCCCCUCUUCCCUCUCCUCCUUAGUGCCUGGUGCUGUGCCACUCGAGUCCAUCCAGGGGAGCACGUACGAGGAGAAGAUCGCCCUGCGAUGGCGCGAGCCCGUCCAGACCUACGGUAUCAUUAAGCAGUAUGAGGUAAGAUAAGCGUGAGCCCGUCCAGACCUACAUUAUCAUUAAGCAGUAUGAGGUAAGAUCAUCUUGGAAACUGCCGAGCCCAUCCGCCCACCCAGGCCCAGCUCUCGUUCUCUCUGUCUCCCCCCCCCCCCCCCCCCCCCCCCUCGGUCUCUGUCUCUUUCUCUGUGUGUCUCUCUGUUUCUCGCUCUCUGUCAAUUCAAUUCAAAGAGGCUUUAUUAGCAUGGGAAACAUGUGUUUUCAUUGCCAAAGCAAGUGGAAUAGACAAUAAGCAAAUGGGAAAUUAACAGUCAACAUUACACUCACAAAAGUUUUAAUAGAAUAGAGACAUUUCAAAUGUUAUAUUAUUUAUUAUGUACAGUGUUGUAACGAUGUGCAAAUAGUUGAAGUAUGAAAGGGAAAAUAAACAGAUAAUUAUAGGUUGUAUUAACAAUGGUGUUUGUACUCCACUGCUUGCCCUUUUCUUGUGGCAACAGGUCGUACAUCUUGCUGCUGUGGUGGCACAAUGUGGUAUUUCACCUAAUAGAUAUGGGAGUUUAUCAAGAUUGGUUUUGGUUUCAAAUUCUUUGUGGGUCUGUGUAAUCUCAGGGAAAUAUGUGUCUCUAUAUUUGGCAGGUUAGGAAGUGCAGCUCUGUUUCCACCUCAUUUUGUUGGCAGCCUCUGUCAAUAGCAAGGCCAUGCUCACUGAGUCUGUACAUAGUCAAGGAUUUUCUUAAUUGUGGGUCAGGCACGGUGGUCAGAUAUUCUGCUACUGUGUACUCUCUAUUUAGGGCCAAAUAACAUUCCAGUUUGCUCUGCUUUUCUGUUGAUUUUUUUCCAAUGUGCCAAGUAAUUAUAUUUUUGUUUUCUCAUGGUUGGGUCUAAUUGUGUUUCUUGACAUUUUCUCAGGACAUUGUUUUCACUGAGGAAAUGUAGGAGUCUGCUAUUAAUGAUAAUGCAGACGAUUUUCCCAAGGUUGCUGUUGACGCAUAUCCCACAGUAGUUAUUGGGGUCGAAUUUGUCUCCACUUUUGUGGAUUGGGGUGAUCAGUCCUUGGUUCCAAGUACUGGGUAAGAUGCCAGAGCUGAGGAUGAUGUUUAAGUAUAGACAAUUGAAAUUUGUGGUCUGUAUAUUUGAUCAUUUCAUUUAGGAGACCAUCAACACCACAGGCCUUUUUUUUUGAUUGAAGGGUUUGUAUUUUGUCAUGUAGUUCAUUCAAUGUAAUUGGAGAAUCCAGUGGGUUCUGGUAGUCUUUUUAAUAGCUAACUCUAAAAUGUUUAAUUGAUCAUGUAUAUGUUUUGGCUGUUUGUUCUUUGUUAUAGGGCCAACAAGAUUGGAGAAGUGGUUUAUCCAUACAUCUCCAUUUUGGAUAGAUAGCUCUUCCUUUUGUUGUUUUAGUGUGUUCCAAUUUUCUCAGAAGUGGUUAGAUUCUAUGGAUUCUUCAAUUACAUUGAGCUGAUUUCUGACGUGCUGUUCCUUGUGUAUUUUUGCACUGUUUUAGUGUUUCACCAUAGAGUACCACAGUAUGAUAAGUAUGCCAAAUACACUGCUCAAAAAAAUAAAUGGAACACUAAAAUAACACAUCCUAGAUCUGAAUGAAUGAAAUAAUCUUAUUAAAUACUUUUUUCUUUACAUAGUUGAAUGUGCUGACAACAAAAUCACACAAAAAUUAUCAAUGGAAAUCAAAUUUAUCAACCCAUGGAGGUCUGGAUUUGGAGUAACCCUCAAAAUUAAAGUGGAAAACCACACUACAGGGUGAUCCAACUUUGAUGUAAUGUCCUUAAAACAAGUCAAAAUGAGGCUCAGUAGUGUGUGUGGCCUCCAUGUGCCUGUAUGACCUCCCUACAACGCCUGGGCAUGCUCCUGAUGAGGUGGCGGAUGGUCUCCUGAGGGAUCUCCUCCCAGGCCUGGACUAAAGCAUCCGCCAACUCCUGGACAGUCUGUGGUGCAACGUGGCGUUGGUGGAUGGAGCGAGGCAUGAUGUCCCAGAUGUGCUCAAUUGGAUUCAGGUCUGGGGAACGGGCGGGCCAGUCCAUAGCAUCAAUGCCUUCCUCUUGCAGGAACUGCUGACAUACUCCAGCCACAUGAGGUCUAGUAUUGUCUUGCAUUAGGAGGAACCCAGGGCCAACCGCACCAGCAUAUGGUCUCACAAGGGGUCUGAGGAUCUCAUCUCGGUACCUAAUGGCAGUCAGGCUACCUCUGGCGAGCACAUGGAGGGCUGUGCGGCCCCCCCAAAGAAAUGCCACCCCCCACACCAUGACUGACCCACCGCCAAACCGGUCAUGCUGGAGGAUGUUGCAGGCAGCAGAACGUUCUCCACGGCGUCUCCAGACUCUGUCACGUCUGUCACAUGUGCUCAGUGUGAACCUGCUUCCAUCUGUGAAGAGCACAGGGCGCCAGUGGCGAAUUUGCCAAUCUUGGUGUUCUCUGGCAAAUGCCAAACGUCCUGCACGGUGUUGGGCUGUAAGCACAACCCCCACCUAUGGACGUCGGGCCCUCAUACCACCCUCAUGGAGUCUGUUUCUGACCGUUUGAGCAGACACGUGCACAUUUGUGGCCUGCUGGAGGUCAUUUUGCAGGGCUCUGGCAGUGCUCCUCCUGCUCCUCCUUGCACAAAGGCGGAGGUAGCAGUCCUGCUGAUAGGUUGUUGCCCUCCUACGGCCUCCUCCACGUCUCCUGAUGUACUGGCCUGUCUCCUGGUAGCGCCUCCAUGCUCUGGACACUACGCUGACAGACACAGCAAACCUUCUUGCCACAGCUCGCAUUGAUGUGCCAUCCUGGAUGAGCUGCACUACCUGAGCCACUUGUGUGGGGGUUGUAGACUCCGUCUCAUGCUACCACUAGAGUGAAAGCACCGCCAGCAUUCAAAAGUGACCAAAACAUCAGCCAGGAAGCAUAGGAACUGAGAAGUGGUCUGUGGUCACCACCUGCAAAACCAGUCCUUUAUUGGGGGUGUCUUGCUAAUUGCCUAUAAUUUCCACCUGUUGUCUAUUCCAUUUGCACAACAGCAUGUGACAUUUAUUGUCAAUCAGUGUUGCUUCCUAAGUGGACAGUUUGAUUUCACAGAAGUGUGAUUGACUUGGAGUUACAUUGUGUUGUUUAAGUGUUCCCUUUAUUUUUUUGAGCAAUGUAUAUUGUUAAAAGUCAACUUGUCCAAGAGAGAUUUUACAUGGUUAUCAAAACGUUACGUCAGGGUAAGCCUACACGAAACACAGCCCUUAUUUUAAGUGUUUCCAAAAUGGGAAAAAUGAAUGGUGGAAAAACAAUUGGAACCAUUUCCCUGUUUGACCGCUAGGUUUUAUGGGUAUUAUAACAUCUCCACUGUGGGGCUCUAUAGUGAAGGCGUAGGCUCAGGUUUUCUGGGUCUCUGUGUUUUUGGUUGGAUAGGUUCCUCAAUUCCUUUCUUAGGUUUUUGCAUUCUUCAUCAAACCAUUUGUCAUUGUUGUUCAUUUUCUUAGGUUGUCUGGUUGAAAUGUUUAGAUUUGAUAGGGAAGCUGAGAGGUCAAAUGUACUAUUUAGGCUUUCUACUGCCAAGUUUACCCCUUCACUUUUGCAGUGAAACAUUUUGUCCAGGAAGUUGUCUAAAAGGGAUUGAAAUUGGUGUUGGCUAAUUGUUUUCUGGUAGGUUUCUGCUCUCUUUCUCUCUCUGUGUCUCUCGCUCUCUCUCUCGCUCUCUCUCUGUCUCGCUCUCUCUCUGUGUCUCGCUCUCUCUCUGUGUCUCGCUCUCUCUCUGUGUCUCGCUCUGUCUGUGUCUCGCUCCGUCUGUGUCUCGCUCUCUCUGUCUCGCUCUCUGUGUCUCUCUCUCUGUCUCUCUCUCUGUGUCUCUCCAUCUGUCUCUCUCCGUCUGUCUCUCUCCGUCUGUGUCUCUCUCUGUCUUCCUCUGUCUGUCUUUCUCUCUCGGUCUCGCUCGCUCUCUGUCUGUCUGUCUUUCUCUCGCUCGCUCUCUGUCUGUAUCUCUGUCUCUGUCUGUCUGUCUGUCUGUCUCUGUCUGUCUCUCUCUCUCUCUCUGUCUCUCUCUCUCUCUCUCUCUGUCUCUCUCUCUGUCUCUCUCUCUCUCUCUCUCAACACAUCCAUCUUGUGCCUGGCAGGAGCCGGGCGGCUUCCAUCUUUCAUUCACUCCGGGCCCUUAAUUAUCUAAUAAAUCCAACCUAAUAACCUUAAGGCCUGCACGCACUGAGGCUUGUUAACACAAUCUAUUACCCGCUGAACCCCCUCCGACAGCACUCCGACAGCACUCCCAAAACCAUCUCAGCCCUGUGCCCCAGAGUGGAGCUCGUAAUACAACUGACAAGGAAUUAAACAAGUUUCUCCAACAACCAGGGAGGAAAUUAAAGUUACAACUUGGGGCCUUGUUCAAUCAGACUCCCGUAUUCCAAGUUUUGGGGAUAAGUCAAAAGUAUAAUUGUUUCUCUGAGUUAGUGAGUAUGCACAAGUCAGCAGUGUGGCAGAACGGGAUACCUCUUUUAUUGAAUAUUACUGAAGUAUCUCUUCCUUGUGAUAUGUUCUCAUAAAUCAAUUGUGAGUCAAUCAGAGAAUAUACAGUAUGAUCUUCAAAGAUGGAAGGGACCAAACGUAUGAUUGUAGCGAACACUGUUAAAAUAGGCAGUUAACAACCGUAGAGUUAUUCCUCAAGCUGCUGGAAUAGAAACUGGAGGCAUACAGUAGUUGAGCCUGGUUGUCAUAGGACCUUUAACAGGAGCGUGGGGCAUACCUUAGACAGGGUGAAACAUGCUGCACUUCAUCUGUCUGACAUCAUCCAGUAUUUAUAAAGAUUGCAGACUUUUGAAAUACCCUUCAACAACACUGUGGUGUCAAGACGGAAACAUCUGGCCCUCUUCAACAUUUGCACAACCUCAAAAUAACUUUCACAACUUAAUAACUGUUUGAGUCUUAUAGCUGUGUGGUUUCCUAUAAUCCACAUUUGUACAUAAAACAAUUGUUGUAAAGCACUGUACAUGUGCAUAGGCUACUGUAGUCCUACAUGUUUCUCCCAUCGCAGCGUUUGACUUGCGUUUGACAUGCACUUCCGCUCGUCACACAAUGCGACGUUAGAGGCUUUUUAGUGCGUUCAAAAGAGCCAUUGUACCAGAACCCAAUUUAUGCAAAAAUUAUCCAAUUAAGCUGUCAGGUAUGCACAUAAUUAAAUUAUAUUCUGUCACUUCCACCCCCUGUAACUCUGAGCUGGGAUUGUGAUCCAGUUGGACAAAUCAAACGUUUUUUUCUGCCUCAUUAGACUGAUGGAGUCAACCCCAUUAUUACUAUCAUUCGCUGACAUUCAGCUUGUCUCAUAUGCUCUUCAGUAUUUGACUGUGAGCCAUGCACCUCUCACUCCAAAACAGCUUUUUGUUCAGGGUUGUCACAUCUUUAUUGUGCUUUGUCUCAGUUCGGCAAUUGUAGUGUGGGCUCGUUCUUUGGGGCAUUGCCUUGAAGAUGUACAGGUGGCCCUUGCGUUCAGAUGAAUUCAGGGCUAUUCUAUUAUGACUGGUGGUACAAGCAAACUUUUAUUGUCAUAAGUCAUUAAGUACUUCAAUAGCUCUGUAUGUAGGACUACCUAGGAGUUGUUCACUAGGAAAUGUUGUUUCUGUUUCUGUUCAUUGCAAGUGUGUCAUUCAUUGUUUGGAGCAGAUUUGCCAAGGUGAAGGUGUCAUCAUACCAUUCAGUGUUGCCUUGUGUGGCACUGACCAAAACAUGACCAAAGUCACCAUGGUGACUUCCCCUGUUCCUUUUCCUAACUGAACCCUAUCUAAUCCUCCUUUCCCAACCCCUUUCUAAACUGAAAAUCCCUCACCCCACCAAUCAGCCUUGUGUGUGAUAAUACUGCUCAACGCUAGCUAUCUAGCCUUUUUAAAUGAUCCAGAUGCGUUCCUUCUUCCCUCCCUGCCUCCCUCCCGCCCUCCUGAUGAAGUCCUGAGCAGCAGCAUUUCACACCUGAUGGAUACAAAUGGCCGCCACCGCACUCCAACACUCCCCAUUGUGCUUCUUAAUUGGGAAUCAGAACUGAAUAAUAAUGGCGCUUUCUAAUAGGGGAGACCGAAUGAUUUAUUUAAAUGAAGCUUUCCAAGAGAGAGAGCACUCCCUUUCAGAAAGAAAUUCCCGGGGCUCCAAUCUCCUGCUCGAUGGAAUGGGAUGGGGGGGUUUAGAAUAAAACAACAGUUUCCCACCCCCCGCCCAAACUCUCGCUUAUUCAAUCCAUCACGGAAAUGACAUUGGAGCUGAGCGUUAUCUCUCUGCAGUUUUGCCCACAAGUUCCUCCCUUUCCAACAUUGUGACAGACUUGAAUGAAGCUUCUAUGGAAAGUUCAGGCCUUGUUUCACUAUCAAGGGCUCUGGAUGCAACUCUAACUUCGUGCUCCAACUCUUUCAGCAUUGUAGUACAUUAUAGUUUUAUAGAUGUACCCCAUUAUCCUUACCAUACACCAAAACUAACCAUAGCUAUGACCAUAGCAAGCCUGACGCUAGUUUUGAAACAUAGAUAUAAACUUGUCAUCUCCAAUCAUCUAAUCUAGCUUGUGUCAAUCCACAGAUCUCCUACAAGGCCUUGAGCUCCUUCGACACAGAGUUUGACCUGACCAACCAGAGCGGCAAGGUGUUUAAGUUCAGCAACGAGACGUCCCACGUGUUCGUAGGUCUCUACCCCGGCUCCACCUACUCCUUCACCAUCCGGGCCAGCACCGUCAAGGGAUUCGGACCCCCCAUCAUCACCCAGUUCACCACCAAGAUCUCAGGUGAGUAGAAACAAUGACCAGGACCAACUAACCAAUAAUCCUGGACAACAUGUACUGUAGAGCCCUAAAUCCUCCAGGAGAUCCCCAGUAAUCUAUAGCAGUGUUUGUUGUUCCUGGUUGUCUGCAUUUGUGUGUACUUGCUGUUAUGGCUCUGUCUGUCUGUAUUUGUCAGUCAAAUCACACUCUCCUGUGCUCCUGUGUCCCCCCCCAGCUCCGUUGAUGCCAGGCUAUGACCAGGAGACUCCCCUGAACCAGACAGACAGCACGGUCACUGUCCUGCUGAAGCCUGCCCAGAGCCAAGGCGCCCCUGUCAGGUAG